AGUGGUUACAUUUUGCAUGACAGAGGAAGCUGCUCUUGGAUUAUAAAGACGCAUUUCAAUAGACAGACAUCCACAUGCUGUUUUGUAAGGAUACAUAUAAUCUCUGGAUAUAACCAUGUUUUUGUGGCUAAAACUCUUGGUGUUUGGCUUGGCUCUUGUGGACGUGGAUGUUUUCAUAAACGGCCAAUCAACAGCAUCAUCUUCUAUGAGUUCAGCAGAUGGAAGAGCAACUCCUGACUUUUCACUGAUACCUUCACGCACCACUCCAUUCUCACCUGCAAGCACCUUUGAAGCAAAGCCUGGUUCUACAACCAACGAAACAGUGUCUCCUCCUGUUUCUCAGGCCGUUAAUUCUACCUCCCUUAGCAAAGAGAGUGUUGCUUUUAUUGCUACUCCUGCUUCCCUCACUAUCUCAGCAAAAGAUCUACCCAACGACUCAUUCCUCAACACUCAGACAGUCUCAAGAGCUUCCAACCUUUUCACAAACAGCAGCGCUGCUGCCACCCCUUCACCGUUUCUCUUUGCCCGCACGCAUGCACCAACAGAUGGUGGGAACACUCCCUUUUCUGCAACCACUGGCACUGCAGCAAACAUCUCUUCAGCUCCUCCAAACACCACCUCAAUAGAACAUCAUAAUAAGACCUGUGAUAAUAUUCUACUUUCAGAGAAGUUUAUAAAGGAUGGUCGUACUGCAGUCCUUAACUUUACAGGAACAUCAGAUGUUCUAGGUGUUAACUGCACUGAUUGUGUUUGGGACAAAAACAGCAGGACCAUAUCUGGUCUGAAAGAAUGUCAAACCUAUGAAAUAGAAGCAGAGUUUACACAUUGCAAAAAAACUUUUCCCAUUUAUGUUCCCGUUGAUGCUAAUAAAAAACUGAAUGAAACACACAAUGAUACCAGCGUGACUUUAUUCUGGAAGACUGAUGCUCAGUGUAAUCUGAAUUAUUCAUAUUGCUGUUACUUGAAUGGUAUUAAACCUAUUUCUGGCUGUACAAAAUUUACGAAUGAGGCACGCAGGGAAUUUACAGUGUUACCCAAUACAAAGUACAGUUGCAAUUCAAGUAUUCUUAAUGAAAAACCAGUUGAUACAGUUAAGAUAACAACAGACUAUGGAAGACCAGACCAACCUGAAAACUGUUUAGUCAAACCAACUACAACAAAUGUAACAGUUACUUGGGAGGCACCACAACAUCAAGCACAAGGCCCUAUUGAUGGUUAUAAAGUCAAAAUAGAUAAGAAUCCUGAUGUUCCUGUUCUAGCAGAAGUUUCUAAUAAGAUGAACUAUACAAUGACCGGUUUAAAACCCUACACAAAUUAUUCAGUGAGUGUAUGGGCAUUUACAAACACAAAAAAUGCCAGAACACUUAUGGGGGAUGCCUGCACCCGCAUUAUUAUGACUCUACCAACAAAACCAGAUGCUGUGAAUAAUCUUCAAGUAAACUUAUCUGAUGAAGCAAACAAUGCUGUAAAAGUUACUUGUGUGGAACCAAAGGAAUUAAAUGGACCUAGCAAAAUAUAUAUGCUGAAGUGGGAUGGUGGUGGAAUGAAUGGAAGCAGCUGUCUAUUCAAUGUGAAAAACCUGCAUUUUUUGAAAACAUAUAAUUUUACAGUUAUUGUUUUCAAUGGACAUUAUUCUUCAGACCCAAAAUGGAGAGAAAUAACCACCAACUAUGAUGCUAAAGCCGUGAUUGGAUUCUUGGCAUUCUUGAUUAUUGUAACAUUUUUGGCUUUACUUUUUGUUCUGUAUAAAAUAUACAUCCUUAACAGAAAGAACUCAAGAGAUGAAGAAGAAGGACUAAGGCUUGUUCCCAGAGAUGAUGAAAGACAGAUGAAGAACAUAGACCCAAUUCCUGCGGAGUUAUUGUGGGAAGCAUAUAGGAGAAAAAUAGCAGAUGAAGGAAGGCUGUUCCUGGAUGAAUUUCAGAGCAUUCCCAGAGUCUUCAGUAAAUACUCUAUAAAAGAAGCACGCAAGCCUUAUAACCAGAACAAAAACCGCUACAUUGACAUCCUCCCCUAUGAUUAUAAUCGUGUGGAGCUUUCCUCAAGCCUUGGGGAGGCAGGACAUGACUACAUAAAUGCGAGCCAUAUCGAUGGUUUCAAAGAAAUGAGAAAAUAUAUUGCUGCACAAGGUCCCAAGGAGGAGACAACAGAUGAUUUCUGGAGAAUGAUCUGGGAACAAAAGGCAACCAUUGUUGUCAUGGUGACUCGCUGUGAGGAAGGCAACAAGAUCAAAUGUGCCAAGUACUGGCCAUCAAUGGAGGAGGAGAUUGCAUCUUAUGGGGACAUUAUAGUAAAGAUAAAUGAAUGCAAAGUUUGUCCAGAUUACAUCAUUCGGAAGCUGCAUAUCAACCAUAGAAGAGACAAGGCAGCAGGAAGAGAUGUGACCCACAUUCAGUUUACAAGCUGGCCAGAUCAUGGAGUACCUGAUGAUCCCCAUCUGCUGCUUAAGCUGCGCCGCCGAGUCAAUAAUUUAAGCAACUUCUUUAGUGGCCCAAUAGUAGUCCAUUGCAGUGCUGGUGUAGGACGCACUGGAACCUAUAUUGGGAUUGAUGCAAUGCUGGAGGGAUUAGAGGCUGAAGGACGAGUUGAUGUAUAUGGCUAUGUUGCAAAAUUACGACGUCAGCGAUGCCUUAUGGUUCAAGUGGAGGCACAGUACAUCUUGAUCCAUCAUGCUUUGGUUGAAUAUGUCCAGUUUGGCGAAACAGAGGUCUGUGUUUCAGAACUGCACAGCCAUCUCAAUCAGCUAAAGAAAAGAGAUUCUCCCAGUGAUCCAUCUCUUCUGGAAGCUGAAUUCCAGCGGCUGCCUUUAUACAAGAACUGGCAGAAUCAGAAAGCUGGCAGGAGAGAGGAAAACAAAACGAAAAACCGGAGUUCCACAGUAAUUCCAUAUGAUUACAACAGAGUGCUGUUCAAACACGAAGAAGAAGGGAGCAGAGAGAGUGCACACGAUGCCAACGAGUCUUCUGAUGAGGAUAGUGAUUGUGAGGAAGAACCCAAUAAAUAUAUCAAUGCUUCCUUUAUACCUAGUUACUGGCUUCAGAAUGGAAUUAUAGCAACACAAGGUCCACUUCCAGAAACAAUAGGUGACUUCUGGAACAUGGUCUAUCAAAGGAAAGUUAAAGUUAUUGUUAUGCUGACAGACACUCAGGAACUCUGUGCACAGUAUUGGAAAGAAGAAAAAAUGACAUAUGAUAACAUCACAGUUGAACUAAAAGAUAGCAAUUUUAGUCCCAGUUACACCAUUCGUGCCUUUGAAUUAACUCAUAUAAAGAGGAAAGACAUCAGAAAAGUGUUUCAGUAUCAGUACCAUAAGUGGGAAAACUCCGCUCUCCCAGAAACCCCCCAGGACUUAACCACCAUGAUCCAGAAUCUCAAACAGAGGUUUUCAGCUGAAGAUGCAGCUGAAGCAAAUGUGCCCAGCCAGAAUGUUCCAGUUGUUGUUCACUGUGGUGAUGGUUCCAAACAAACAGGAGUAUUUUGUGCUUUGCUGAACCUCAUGGAAUGUGCUGAGACUGAAGGUGUAAUAGAUGUUUUCCAAGUUGUGAAAACUCUUCGUAGAGCCAGGCCAGGAAUGAUUUCCUUCUUUGAAGAUUAUCAGUUUCUAUAUGAUACUAUUGCAAGCCUGUAUCCUGCCCAGAAUGGACAGCUACAAAUGGCCCAAUGCCAUGAACGCAUCAUUAAUAACCAGAAUGAAGUCAAGAAAGAAGAAGAGGGUAACUCUUUGGAAUCUGAUGUCCAAUGUAUGCCUCAAGAAAAUGGAAAUGAUGCUGAAAUGUGUGACGAUUCUAAAACCAAGGAUGCAUCCAGGGAAGCAGAGAGUUCUUUCAAUGGACCUGCAAAUUCAGUUUUAAGUGACAUAGCCUAGAAUUCUAAUCAAAGUUUCUGUACAUGCUACAGAGAAUCUUCCUGCAGAAGAAAAUUGAAACCAAAAUAUUAGAAAUGGGCAUUCCUUUACAGAACACAUCUUGUAAAUCUCAAAGGAUUGUUUUCCUCUAAGGAACAAUGUGGAAGAAUGUGGAACUUAUGGAUAACUAUAGCACACUGUGAAUUUUGUAUGUGUGUUUGUGGGUAGAUUUGCAAUUUUUACUCACUAGGUAUAAUUUGUACUGUUCAAUAUUUUUGUAAGUACAGCAUUAUUUUUAUAAAGGGCUUUUACAUAGCUCCAAAAGGAACAACUGCUCUACCGUUCCCUGGUACUGUUCUUUUAAAGAAGAAAGAAAGUAGUUCAUACACAGCUUAGAUAUAUGUUUGCCUGUAAAAAGAUUCAGGUUGGUAUCCAAAAAGAAAGUGCAACUGAUUCUGAAUGUCCAGAGUAUGUAAAAAAGGGGUGGGGCUUCAAGUGUAAGCUUGUAGUCACCAUCUUGACUUUUUUUUACCUUCCAUGAAGAUGCCCCAGUAUUCUUUGCAGAUGAGAGUUACUGUGUCAUAUUUCUAAAUUGAUUUGAAUUUUAAAAUGAAUUUCUGAUAUUGCAUGAGAGUUACUGAUAAACAUUUCAGAGUGGGGACAGCAACUCUUCAUCUUUGGUUGAAACCCAUAGAGAUUACAUGGUUUUUUAAAAAAGAUUUUUUUAUCCCACCUUUAUUAUUUUUUAGAAAUAACUCAAGGCGGUGAACA